AUGCCUAUCAGGCCACUAUACCCACACCGCCGUCAAGUCCCGUCGCUCUCCGCUGCGGUGGGCAUCAACACCGCUGGCACCACCAUAGCCAUUGACACACAGGCUGCGACAGGCAGCCUCGUCGUAGACUCCUCUGCGUCCACGGCCGCAGCCGACGUCCCCGCGCAGCUCCCCACGAUCACUGUCACGCCCUCGCCCAAGGCCACGUCCUCCACCGCGCCGCCCCCCGCAUCCACCAGCGCCGCCGCUGCCGCCCCCGCCUCCGACACCGACAACCAGAUCCCCAUCGGCACCGUCGUCGGCGCGUGCAUCGGCGCCUUCGCCGCGCUCGGCCUGCUCAUCUGCCUCGUCCUCUGGUGCGGCAAGCGCGAGAAGGACGCGAAGCGCCGCGGCGCGCGCAACAUCAGCGGCGACAGCGACCGGCGGCGCUCGCGCCUCGAGCCGUGGGCGCGCCUCGGCGACGACGAGGACCGCUGGGAGGGCCAGACCGCGCGGCCCGAGACGCGCGAGGUCGGCGAGGAGGAGAAGUUUAACAUGUUCAAAAAGUCGCCGAGCAUCCGCACGCGCGCGUCGGAGAAGUCCGCGAGCGAGUACGAGCUCCCGCCGGUGCCCGUCUCCUCGUACUACCCCGGGCUCGCGGAGGAGCUGUCCGGCGCGGGCGCGCCCCCGCGGAAGUUCAUGGGCCGCGCGGAGAGCACGCCGACGGUCUCGUGGGACGGGGAAACGGUUGGCGACGACUCGUUCUUGUCUAUGCGGUCUCUGCGCAUGUCGAAUGGGGGUGCCAUGUCGCCCGUCAAAGAUCUCGCUAUUCCCACCCCUCCGACCACCGUAUCGCACGCUCAGAACCACAAAUGGGAGUCGGCCGAGGUCGUCCGCCCGGAGGACCUGGAAGUCUCGAAUCCGUUCGAUGAUGAGCCCGUGCAGCGCAGAAAGAGCGUCAACAACCCCUUCUUCGGCGCCCAGGACGCGCGGCCGCGGAGCAAGAGCCUGCGCGUCAGCAGCACGAGCGCGGCGAAUCCGUUCGCGGACGAGAACGGCACCGUGCAGACGCCGCCGAAGGCGGUCACGAAGCGCACGACGCGCAACGCGGACAGCGUGAUGACCGCGCGCAGCUCCGUCACGUACACCACGCACCGCGCGAUGCGCUCGCUCAUCGCGGCGCUCGAUUUGCCCACGGAGGAGGAGCCGGGCGUGCCGGAUCUGCACAAGGAGCUGCGCGUGUCGGCGCAGCCGUCUAUGAUGUCGACCUCUACGUACGGGGACGAGGAGGUGAUGAGUGUCGGGCAGUUCCCGCUGCCUCCGGGAACGUCGACUGUGACUCACAACGAGUAG